AUGACGUCACACGGGCUGUUUCCAAAGGGACGCGGCGUUGCGUGAGCAGCCAGGCGGCCAGUGUGUGUGUGCAUCCCAGGACGCAGCAUCAGUGUAGCCGGGGCUCAACUUCUAGCUGAUCGAGGAACUUCGGAGGCUUUGGGAAACUUACAACAAUGGGGUGCUUCGAGUGCUGCAUCAAAUGUUUAGGUGGGGUGCCAUAUGCGUCUCUGGUGGCCACCAUCCUCUGCUUCUCUGGGGUCGCCCUGUUCUGUGGAUGCGGCCAUGUUGCUCUCACCGGCACGGUGACUAUCCUGGAGACGCACUUCUCCAAAGUGACCAGUGAUCACGCCAUGCUUACCGACAUAAUACAGCUGAUGCAGUAUGUCAUCUACGGCAUCGCUUCAUUUUUCUUCCUGUACGGGAUCAUUCUCCUGGCUGAAGGUUUCUACACUACCAGUGCCGUCAAGGAACUGCACAGCGAGUUCAAGACCACCAUCUGUGGACGCUGCAUCAGUGGAAUGUUUGUGUUCCUCACAUACAUCCUGGGCGUGGCCUGGCUUGGUGUGUUCGGUUUCUCUGCUGUGCCGGUCUUCCUCUUCUACAACAUGUGGUCCACCUGUGCCACCAUGAAGUCCCCCAUGGCUAACAUCACUAGCAUUGAUUCCAUCUGUGUGGAUGUUCGUCAGUAUGGAAUCAUCCCAUGGAACGCCACACCAGGCAAGGCCUGCGGAACUACGCUAGGCGAUAUCUGCAACACCAAUGAGUUCUACCUGUCUUAUCACCUGUACAUCGUAGCGUGCGCUGGCGCAGGAGCCACCGUGAUCGCUCUGCUGAUCUACAUGAUGGCUACCACUUAUAACUUUGCUGUUUUGAAGUUUAAGAGUCGAGAAGACUGCUGCACUAAGUUUUAAACUGUUCUGAAAGGCGCAGUACUACAUUUGAGGCUGCACUGAGUAGAGACAGUUUUCCACUGACAACAAAUGAACUAAAAAAAAUGAGAAUAGAAAAAAAAUCAACAUCUCUUGAUUAGUGUAAAUAGCUGAUUGUAUGCUUCCUUUAGCAUUUGGUAUCCAGGGAUAUUGCUUGACUGAUGAAACUUGUCUACAGAUUUCAGGGGGGUGGUGUUUGGUUUGUUCUGCUUUCCUUCACUCUCACUUAAAGAAAUGCGUCACCAUCAGAUUUAGUACAAAUGUGCACUGCUACAAGUCCUCAACAGUGUUAUUUAUAUUCAAAACGUGUAAGGCAGAUUUUGGCGUGCACAAAAGCAUAAACUGCAUGAGUUUUCAGGUUAAAAAAAUCAGUAUUAAGGCAUGCAGUAUUUCAACCUACAUAACUGGACGAGCAUCAGUUUACUGCAGCUGAAAUGCGAUUUUGUACUCAACAUAAUAAUAUGAUUCUUGAGAACAAUUUAAAGUCUGAUCAAGCAAAAAUAAGCCCCUAGAUGUGCAGUAUUACACUCUACAAUGAGUCCAUGUGGACAUCUGAUGAUAAAGAUGUUCCCAGGCCUUACAUUUUCAUUGCCACAUUAGCAGUUUUGGUGCAAAUGACUUCUAGACAUUUGUAAAAAAAAAAAAAAAAAAAGGAUUAGGUACAGCGGCUAAGUGCCUUGACCUUCUAUUCCUAUCUUCUUAGCCUUACAUUUUGAUGCACACCCAUAAAGCCACAAAGUGUUACAACAAUAUUCAGUAUUAUACAGAAAUUAGAUUAGCUAAACUAAACGCCUUCAUCAGCACUGUUUUAUUCUGAUGAGUAUUACGGAAAGCAGUGGGUUUAAUUGUAGAUUUCAGAGUAACUGCACAGCACGCUAUAAAGGGUUAGGCCAGUAUGAGGGCUCUACUUCUGCAUGAGGCCUUGAGGCUCACUUUAAUUCAUGUAUAUUAUAAAAAAAAACAAGACCUUCUCCUAUUUUAGUGUAGAUUAAAUGUAUUUUUUCUAUAUUGGCCGAUGCUGGUAUAGCCUCAGCUAUGAAGUUGUUUUGUUUCAUACAUUUUCCUUUUAUUCUCUCUCAAAGUGCCGUUAAAGAGCCAUUUGUUGUUAUCUUAACACUGAGCCUGCAUGCUUACAUUUUUCAGAUUCUCUGAUCUGUGUAGACUUACUUAUACUCCAUAUUACAUAUAUUUAAUUCUCCUUCUAAGUUUUUCAAGACUGUAGCUUUUACUUUCUUUAUAAAAUAAACAAUCUUUGUUUACAAAAUUACCCUACUUGGUCUAUUUCUUGUAAAUCCUGCACCAGUAUAUACCGCAGAAUGGGAGAGGGUCAGAUUCAUAAAAUCGCCUGCUUUGCACUAACCACAAGCUUUUACUGCUGCUCAAAACUUACACGCAUGACCUCUGGCUUUUCUUCCUUUUUAUUCUCAUGCCUUCAAAAGUGUCAUUUCUGUAGUAUUAUGCACAAACAAUGUAGCUUAACUCCAGUAUUACUUAUUGUAACAGUAAUGUUACAAUAUUUGUUACCUUUGGUUGAAAUCUUAACUUUAUGUUUGUUUACUACGUACGUACUGUAGCUCUGACUCCUGUAGCUUGCUUUGCAUCUCUGACAUGCUCACCGGCCAUCCACCUCACCCUUCUCUUCCAGAUCCACUUCCUCAUGAUUCUCUCAGCAAACUGGGCCUACCUUAAGGACGCCAGUCACAUGCAUGCCUACCAAGACAUCAAAAUGAAGGAAGAGCGGGAGCUGCAGGACAUCACGUCUCGCUCAAAGGAAUGCCUCAAUUCCUACACAUAAGGAUAAAAUACGCUCACACACACAAACACGCACGCACAUAUACAUGUAAGAAAAAGAAACACACACACACUCACGCAGACACUGUGGCCAAACACUGCCGGCCCACUUUGGACCAAGACAACACUCAGCUAAAUAACCUGCCACCUGCCUUGACGCUGUGCAGUACUAACCAGGCUCCUAACAAACUAAUGCAUCACUGUUGCUUCCUGCGCUAACUUGGGGCUGCUUCUGAAAAUUUCAUUUACGCCAUUUUUUAUUUUCUUUUAUUAUGAAGGGAAAGAAUUGUUUUGAAUUGUGAUGUUCAAGUAGUGUUUGGUUUUCUCUGACCUUGUUGUAGCCAGUGAAGCUUGAGACAUUGCACUAUUCUUACAUAACAAUGGCACGUUUGUUUUACAGUGUUACUCUGUCUUUCUUUUGAGGUGUGAUGGACAGAUUUCAACAAAGGGAAUUUCACAUCUUGUUUUCAUUUUUAUCCAAAUGCAGAUGAAUAUUAAGCUACAUAAAAGGCCUUAUAUACAACCGGAGUAAGUAGUCAGUCAAUGCUAGAUCAGUUUGGCACUGACGCAUCAUUUUUUGUUUAAAGCUCCUGUGAGGAACUUUCAGUUUGUUGAUUUUGGUUCCCCCUGUGGACAAAUCGUUACCUCUUGCUUCGAUGUUGAUCUUAUUCUGUACAUGAAGAAAUCUCCUGCUCUUUUAGCAGUCAGUAGAAUCACUUCAUUGCAAAGAAGUGAUUCAUCUUUCUGCUGAUGGUCUUGUUUGCUUUUGUAGCUCAUACAAAGGCAUCCUUGUUCAUUUCAGACUGUUUCAUAACCAGCUGAAAAUUUCUCACAAGAGCUUUAAGACAGCGGAAAAAUAAUUCGGAGCUUUAACUUUGCAGGAAGUGGAAAAGUUCAAAAUAGAAACCCAGUUCAAGUAUCUUAAUCUUAGUGAUUAUUCACUUUUUUAAUUGGUUACACUCAUUGUACAACUCCUUUAAAGUCACUCAGAUCAGUCAUGGCCUACAUCAACACUACCUCAGAUGUGCACAAGAGCCUGUGAACCAAUAUAAAGAGGAACAAAACACUUCAGUGUUACAUUUACGGUUUAGAAAUCACAUAUUGGCCGUCAAAACAUGCCUCAGGUGCAUAUUUUGUACUAAUGUCACUGCAAAUAAAUCAAUCCCACAUUGACCACAGUAUCAUACAAUUCAAAAUGUUCAGCACAAUGCCAUAAGACUAGCUUGCUUAAAGCAGGCUGCUGCCAAUAAUGAGAAGAAGGUAUUUGAUAUCAUAAAAGUUUGAUCUAUGGGUAAUCAUAUGUGCAAAUGAUGAAAAGCUCUCUAGAAUCAUAUUUGAUUUAAAUGCACUUGAUCUCGGAAAUCUCUGUAAAACAUGUUAGGGAGUCCCAUAUGCUAAGGUACUAUGGAAAUCAAGAGCUAAAGAACGUUAAGCAUGAAAAAUGCUAACUUGUUAUAAGUUUCUUACUUUUAAGAUACACCACCUAAUUUUUUGAUAAUUGCACCUGUUUUUAUGUGCAAUUAUAAUGCUGAAAUAAUUACUCAUGUAAUCUUUCAUCACUAGUUGAGUUACAGGGAUAACGUGAUGUUUCUUUGUGGCAUGAAGACAACUGUUUCUGCAGAGACGCGUGAUGUACAGUCAUGUAUGCUGACAUCAGUAGUAGGCAGUGUUUGCCUGUUUCCUUUUUUUUUUUCUAACUGAAUUCAGAUUAAUCCUUUGUGUUUAGCGGUUUAGUUCUAGUCCUUUUUUUUCUAGCUUCUUUUAUCCAAGUCAGAACUAUAAGAGUCUAAUGUUGUUUCGUUGCCUGAUAGUAAACCUGUAUUUUCUAUGAAUGUCAAGGGCUUCCUCUUAAAAUACUGAUUCCUAACUUUUAAUUAGCUGCAACAACAGUCAUUCAAAAAGAUACGUACGCGGCAAUCUGAGUGGUCAAUUUAGCCAAAGUAUGAAUGCCACAGCACUCUACAAAGUGUUCCACACAACAUCUGGGAAAUGUUGUAAGUAUAAACCCUGCAUUGUUCUCUGUAGGUUAAAUAGCCACUGAAGUCAUUGAGGGAGAUCCCAUCUUUGACAAUGACGUUUUGUUGAAUGAACCAAAAAGUAAGAGUAAAGGCUACCUAAUAAUCACCAGGAGGACAACAAUCUAGCAUCCUGUCUGACUGGAAACCCCUUUAUGACAUUAUUCAACUGGCCUGUUGACUGUUUUUAUGAAAAUAAAAAAUGGAACAAA